AUGGCGGGAGUCUCUCCUCUGGACUUGAAGGCAGAGGCAGCGCCGCAGUGCAAGCGGCGGGAAGAAGGCAUGCAGGAGGCAAUUACAUGGGGUACUGGCAGGCCUUCCGCUUUUCGCCUGGAUACGUCCGCCUCAGCAUCCUCGCGAGGAUUUUGCUUGCUGCAGACAGAGCAGAAAUACGGGCAGGGGGCGUUGGAAGGAGGGGAUACUAGUGAUUGUGGGGGUGGCGGGGGUGGCAGCUUUGCCUACUUGAGCUCUGCAGCUGCUGCUUCUUCUGGGGAGUCGGCGUGUGCGGCCGAGUGCAGCAGCCCGAGGACUGCGGCAAGUGUUCAGGAACUGCUGCCUGGUUCGAUAAUGCAAGCCUCGCUAGCUUCUCCGAGGGCAGCUGUCGCAGCUGCACGAGCAGAUGCGCUCAUGCUGCCUUUGAGUGCAGGAGAAGGAGGCCAUGUCGGGGGUUCUUCCCCUUUCUACGGACAGGAUAGCUUGCCAGUGACUCCUCCAGGCAACAGCCGCAUGGUGGGGAUGCCGUCGUGGAGCGAAGACGGGGGGGGGAGAAGAAGUCUGGGGAGUGGCUCCCAGACUUCUCCUCCCCUUGGAGGAGGCCUUCUGUCUUUGGACACCUCGACAAGUGCAAGUGCUCUGACGACACCCCCCGCGUCUUUGUUUCCAGUUUCUCCCUCUUCUUCCGCGACAACGGCUGCUCCCAGCUCGGCAGCAGGAACGCCCACAGCGUCCGCUGCUGCUGCUUCUGCUGCCGCUGCUUCUGCUGCUGCAGCGGUCUCCUCACUAGGAGCAAAGAAGAAGGUGGCUCCAGCAGAGUUGGGCAGCGUGAUUUCGGCAGAAGGCCUGGGGCGCUCUCCCCGUGGCAACGUCAGGGUUUGCCACAGCACUGCACACAAUGCGUGGCUGGUCCUGUGCUGCGCUGGAGGUGCUGAGAGUCGUGCUUUCUCUAUCCAGCAGCUCGGGAACGAAGGCGCAAAGAGGGUUGCCCUACUGUAUGCUGCCCAAUGCCGUCGACUGCUGAGCAACCGCAGGGCGGCUGCAGUAAAAGCGGCAACGGCGUCAAGUGCGGUGUCUCUUGGGCCUCAUGACAAGGCCUCGAAAGUGAAAGGCAUUGAGGCCUGUGCCAGUGGACUCCUGGAAGCGGAUUUUGGAUCCUCUGGACCUGCAGGAGGCGCAUAUAACCUUGCCAAAUGUGCGGGAAACGCGUCGUAUACAACCCGCAGUGUAGGUCUCAUGUAA